UGUUCUGUGUAGAAGACUACAGUAUAAGAAAUCACCCGGUUGUGUUACGUCGUUGAAGGCGAAUUCGCCGGUUACUGAAACUUAACUUCUGUUUGCGUCGAAAUCACCGUAAAAAUCCCACUUACUUUCUUCAUCAACCUAUCAAUAGAACGUCUGAUUUUCUCAGGAAGAAGUACUUGGAGAGUAAUGUUGUUUUGGGGGAAAAUAUUGCCAGGCAAGUUUAUGGUUGGUUGUUUGCGGCGGAGCAGCAGUUCGCCGUUAUAGACUGCAUUGCUUGUUGUGCAUGCAGAGAGGGGCUGCUGAGACCGAGACAGGCUAGGCUCGAGGAGAGAACAGGGACAAUCAAUCGGCCAUCCGCUGCAUGCGCAUGCCGCAUUGCCAUUGACACUUCCAUAAAGCUACAUCUUGCUUCAUCAUGGUUUCUUUGGGGCGGUUUGCCUCAAGAACAUUAUUUAGAGUACCAACGAGCAACGUGUAUUGCUCUCACAACCACAGGAGAAGAUUAUGUGUAUCACAUCAGCAUUUUCAAGAACAAAACCUCCCAAGCUUUGGCCUUCUGUUUGAUAUUGAUGGUGUCCUGAAGAGGGGAAAGACAGUACUACCUGAAGCUCAGAAAGCGUUUCGUCUCCUAACGAAUGACAAAGGAAAGAUGAGAGUACCCACUGUGUUCAUCACUAAUGCUGGAAAUUCACUCAGAGAACAAAAAGCCAGUGAACUUACAGAUAUCUUGGAAGUACCAAUCACCCCAGAUCAAGUUGUUAUGUCCCACAGUCCUCUCAGGAUACUGCCUCAGUUUCAUGAUAAGCAUGUCUUGGUGUCUGGUCAAGGGCCUGUUGUGGAAAUAGCUAACAUGUUGGGUUUUAAUAAAGUCAUCACUAUUGAAGAGGUACGGGAUCUGUUUCCUCACUUAGACUGUGUGAGUCAUAAACGCAGGAGACCAUCAUCAAGUGUAAGUAUAUUAAUCCAAGUGAAUAAAUUCAUCAAAUAAUUUUUAGAAAAUUUGCUUUGUUUUGUGGAAUU